AUGACCCAACGUCAGCUCCACGACAGCAGUGGUCAGCAGGCCGCGCUGUAUAUCCUCUAUAAAGUGGUAUACAACCGACACAUUCACCCCCUCAGCCACUACCCCGGGCCUUUCCUAGCCAGCGUCUCUAGAAUCCCCUUUGCUACAGCAUACAUCCGCGGCCAUCUACACACCCACGUACGCAAUCUCCACCAGGCAUAUGGCGACAUUGUGCGAGUCGCCCCCGACGAGCUCAGUUUCCAGAACGAGCAAGCCUGGAAGGACAUCUACGGAUUCGGCCGGAACUUCCCCAAGGACACCCGGUUCUUUAACGUGGCACGGAAUGGCGCCUGCAACAUGGCGGUGGCUCCAACCGACGAGAUACAUCGUCGACAACGGCGUGUUCUCGGCGGGGCGCUCUCAGACACCGCGCUGAAGCACCAGGAGCAUCUGCUCCAGCACUACGUCGAUAACAUGAUCCAAAGACUGCUGCAGCAGAGCACUAACGCGGCAGAAGCAGUUGACCUUACCGAGUGGUUCAACUACACGACCUUCGACUUCAUGGCAAAGUACGUAUUCGGCGAGUCACUCUCCUGUCUGGAAGACGCGCAAUACCACCCCUGGGUGAAGAUAAUCUUCGCAGCCAUCCGGGCCUGGGCCGUAAUCAGCAUGUCCAAGUACAUCCCCUCGCUGUCAUACCCAAUCAAAAUUAUCACGCUGUGCAUGUAUCGUCGUCUUCUCAAAGACCGCGAAAAUAAUUUCCGCUUCAGCACAACCAGGCUCGCUCAGCGCAUGAGUCGUGACGACGAGCCAUAUCCGCCGGACUUCAUCUCGCAUGUCAAAUCCAGCCAAGGUCCCAAGGCAAUCCUGUCAGACGAUGAAAUCCGUGCAAAUGCUAGCUUUUUUAUGAUUGCCGGGAGCGAGACCACGGCUACCCUGCUCUCAGGGUGCAUUUUCCUCCUGCUGACGAGACAAGAUACUUACCGCGAGUUGGUAUCGCAGGUUAGGGAUCGCUACCCGACGCCCUCGGCGAUCACCUUUGCCUCGACUGCUAAUUUCCCUUACUUACGAGCUGUGGUGCAUGAGUCCCUACGCAUGUAUCCACCAACGCCUUUAGGUAUGCCCCGGGUGGUGCCCGAAGGGGGCGCCAUGAUUGCGGGGCGAUUCGUCCCUGGAAGGACAGCAGUAUCUGUACCACACUACGCCGCCUACCGAUCACCAAAAAACUUCAGCCAUCCGAAUAGCUUCCUUCCAGAGCGGUGGAUGGACAGUCCGGAAGACGAGUACUCCAACGACCAAAGAGAAAUCUUCCAACCAUUUUCAGCCGGUCCCCGCGCCUGCGCUGGCAAGAGCUUGGCAUACGCAGAGACGUAUCUCAUCCUCACCAGGCUUCUUUGGCAUUUUGAUCUAGAUUUACUCCCACAGUGCACGGAUUGGAUCAACCAACAGGCGUUUGUCGUAUGGAACAAGAACCCUCUUCUGGUUCGGUUGACGGUGCAUAAAGCUGCAUAA